ACUCACACUUAGACCUGUAACACAGUUCAACCUUGUAAAGACAGCCAACAAGGUAUCUGCUUUCUUGUUUUCAUCGACAGCACCCCACCCCCACCCCCACCCCCACUCCACCCCACCCCUUCAUAUCUACCCCCACCCCCCACCCUCCUCUUUCAUUCCCAUUUCUCUGUCAAAAGUAGUAGUAAUAGUUCUUGACAGGAAGACAGGAAUUGGAUUACACUGAUCAGGAAAUGGAUUCUGCAGCCAUGACUAGCGUUUGUGGAAAAUCUGCUCUUUGCUCUACUCCUGGUUUAUUUUUGGGGAGAACGACUGGUAUUAGGAGCUCGCAGUGUAGCUUUAUGGCCGGAAAUAGGAUAAACUUUCCAAGGCAGAGAGCUCAAGCAUAUAGAGUUAGUACUAAAUCUAGCAAACGUGGUGGUGCUCUUACUACAACAUGUCGUGCCGAGAAGAUUCUAGUGGCAAAUAGAGGAGAGAUUGCUGUUCGUGUGAUUCGAACUGCCCAUGAGAUGGGAAUUCCUUGUGUUGCGGUUUAUUCAACCAUAGACAAAGAUGCCUUACAUGUGAAGCUAGCUGAUGAAUCUGUUUGCAUUGGAGAAGCACCUAGCAAUCAAUCGUAUUUAGUGAUCCCAAAUGUCUUGUCGGCUGCUAUCAGUCGCGGAUGUACAAUGUUGCAUCCUGGAUAUGGUUUUCUUUCCGAGAAUGCAGUUUUUGUUGAGAUGUGCAGAGAACAUGGAAUCAAUUUUAUUGGGCCGAAUCCUGACAGUAUAAGAGUCAUGGGUGAUAAAUCCACUGCCAGAGAUACAAUGAAGAAUGCUGGUGUUCCAACUGUGCCCGGAAGUGACGGACUAUUACAGAGCACUGAAGAAGGUGUGAGACUCGCCGAGGAGAUUGGUUAUCCAGUGAUGAUUAAGGCAACAGCUGGUGGCGGUGGGCGGGGAAUGCGUCUUGCUAAAGAACCUGGGGAGUUUGUAAAAUUAUUACAGCAAGCUAAGAGUGAAGCAGCAGCGGCAUUCGGAAAUGAUGGCGUUUAUCUGGAGAAGUACAUCAUAAAUCCAAGGCACAUUGAAUUUCAGGUUUUGGCAGACAAGUAUGGUAAUGUUGUACACUUUGGAGAGCGUGAUUGCAGUAUUCAGAGAAGAAACCAGAAGUUGUUGGAAGAAGCACCCUCUCCGGCAUUGACGCCAGAGCUGAGGAAAGCCAUGGGUGAUGCAGCCGUUGCUGCAGCAGCAUCCAUAGGUUACGUUGGUGUUGGUACCAUAGAGUUCCUAUUGGACGAGAGAGGGUCCUUUUACUUCAUGGAAAUGAACACUCGUAUUCAGGUAGAGCAUCCAGUGACAGAAAUGAUAUCAUCUGUUGAUUUGAUCGAGGAACAAAUCCGCGUGGCUAUGGGAGAAAAGCUCCAAUACAAGCAGGAGGAUAUUGUGCUUAGAGGACAUUCAAUCGAAUGUCGUAUAAACGCAGAGGAUGCUUUCAAAAAUUUCAGACCUGGUCCAGGGAGAAUCACUUCAUAUUUACCAGCUGGAGGUCCAUUUACGCGUAUGGAUAGCCACGUUUACCCUGACUAUGUGGUUCCACCUAGCUACGAUUCCCUGCUAGGAAAGCUCAUUGUAUGGGGUCCCACACGCGAGAAGGCUAUUGAGCGCAUGAAAAGAGCACUAAGUGACACCAUUAUUACUGGAGUUCCUACCACAAUAGAAUAUCAUAAACUCAUCCUUGAUAUCGAGGACUUUAAGAACGGGAAAGUUGAUACUGCUUUUAUUCCUAAGCACGAGGAUGAAUUAGCUCCGCCUCAGCAAAUUGUUCCAGCAGCAACCAAGGAGCUGAUCAAUGCCAAUGCUUAAUUAUUCUUUGGUCUUUUUGCUUCUUCAGAGAAUGUGUAGUUUUGGACUCUUCAAAGAUUGUAUUUAAAGAUACAUUAGACUGAAUUAAAUUUCUCUCUCAAAAUUGCCUUAUUAUGUACUCUCCUCUAAUUUUAGAAUCAAUUUUUUUUCAACAGAAAAAAGUUUGUAUAUAUAUAUAUAUAUAUAUAUAUAUAUAUGUAAUCGGUCGGAUAGAAAUGACCGAUGAUUAAUAUGUUGGAUAAAAAAAAGAUCGAUGAUUAAUCUGUUGAACUAAUUACUAUAAUCGGUCAGCUUUUGAAUACCAUUGGUCUGGUCGAUAAUCGAUUUGUUCAUAUAUUGAUCGGAUCGAUAAUUGAUCUGUCCAUAUGAAUCAGAUUUUCAAUUAAUUUGUAAUUUAAAAAAAAAAAAUUGAUGGGAGGAUUUUUUUUG